AUGGACAAAGUUCUCAAACAGCUGUACUAUAACGUCAGCAAUUGGUGUGUUCUCGUCAUGGUUAGACAUUGUAUUGCAUACGGGUGCAACGGUCGCAGCAAUAAAGAAGAAUCAAAGAAAUUAUCGUGGCACUCGUUGCAGUUGUCGAACAAGGAAGUGCUACAAACAUGGCUGAUUAAGAUCAAACGGUCGAACACGCCGCUAAGCAAGAAUUCCUACUUAUGUAGUAAACAUUUUGAGGAGGAAUGUUUUACCAAAACCCUUGGAGGAAACAGGAUACGGCUGAAGCCUGGAUCUGUUCCCACAAAGUUUGUGUUUACGGUGCAACAAAAGGAAAGAAAGAGGCCUUGUUAUAGAGGGGAAGCCAUGGACACAAUCAAAAGCAAAACAUCGAGGAAACUAAAUUUAACCACAUAUACCGAUGUUGCAAAAGAUGACGAGCUUGAAUUCUGUCAACCAUUAGAAAGUACUCAACUACAUGAAGAUUUUUCUAUUAAUCAUUAAGAACCCCAGAAAUGCAAGGAUGACGAGCUUCAUGAACAACAGUUUGAAGCGAAGAUAUCAUGUCUACAUGAGAAAAUAAGUGAUCUUGAGAAACUGCUCCAGGAAGAAAGACAUGCUAGGAAAGAACUUGAAAUACUGUGCAGCCAGAGAGCUUUUAACAUUGAUAGUAUUAAGAAGAAUAACAAGUUGAUGAGAUUCUGCACAGGAUUUAAAAGCUAUGAAACUUUUUCAAUAGUCCUAGAUUUUCUUGGAAGGGAUGCUCCAAGUCAACUUGACUACAAGAAGAAUGAAAGGUCAGAAUGCAAUUCUAGAUCAGUGGUUUUAAAUUAA